UUCUCUUCGACUAUUUUUAUUUUCAAGGGGGGGGGAGAGGGACGCGCCCCUCCUCCCUCAAGGGAUAAUCGUUUUCCCCCCCCCGUUUGGAAAGGCGGAGGGCGUCACGUGACGGCGGAGAACCAAUCGGGGAGCGGUGACGUCGCGCGGGUCGGGUUUUUCCCGCCUGGCGACGGCGACUGCUGCGAGGGUUAUUUCUUUAAAUUUUUUCUUCUUCGAAUUUUUGCUUUUUCACCACUCUGGAGUUCUACUUUUGACUUUUCCUUGGGAAUCCGCCGAGAUGGGGCCCCGUCGGAUCAGGGCCUCUAGGCCGGCGCGCCCUCGCCUGUCCGGCAGCCAAUGGGGAUCCUUGGGGAGGGCAAUGCGGGCCUCGUGGGGCUGGCCGUGGAGUCCACGCCAGGGAAGCGCAUCCGGAAGCCCUCGCUGCUGUACGAGGGCUUUGAGAGCCCCACCGUGGCCUCCGUCCCGACGGCCCUCCAGCUGGCCUCCUCCAACCCGCCCCCGCCGGAGGUCUCCAACUGCAAGAAGCCCGGCCGGGUAACCAACCAGCUGCAGUACCUCCACAAAGUGGUGAUGAAGGCCCUCUGGAAGCACCAGUUUGCCUGGCCCUUCCGCCAGCCGGUGGAUGCCGUCAAGCUGGGCCUGCCGGACUACCACAAGAUCAUCAAGCAGCCGAUGGACAUGGGGACCAUCAAGCGGCGGCUGGAGAACAACUACUACUGGAGCUCGGCCGAGUGCAUGCAGGACUUCAACACCAUGUUCACCAACUGCUACAUCUACAACAAGCCCACGGAUGACAUCGUGCUGAUGGCCCAAACCCUGGAGAAGAUCUUCCUGCAGAAGGUCGCCCAGAUGCCCCAGGAGGAGCAAGAGAUCGUCGUCACGGUGGCCAAGAACAGCCACAAGAAAGGGGCCUCCCGGGCGGCGGCCCUCCAGGCGGCAGCCCAUCAGGUCCCCGCCGUCUCCUCCGUGUCCCACACGCAGCUCUUCCCCCCCAGCACGGACAUCCCCACCACGAUCAUCAGCAUCCCCCACCCCUCCGUCAUCGCCACGCCGCUCCUGAAACCCCUCCACGCCACGGCCGCCUCCCAGCCGGUGCUCGCAGUGCCCGCCCCCGCUCCGCCCGUGGCCAAGAAGAAGGGCGUGAAGCGGAAAGCGGACACGACCACCCCGACCCCCACGGCCAUCAUUGCCACCAGCGGGGGGGAGUCCUCUCCCUCGGCCAGCGUGCUGGAGGUCAAGGCGGCCAAGAUCCCCGCCCGGCGGGAGAGCGGCCGCCCCAUCAAGCCCCCCCGCAAGGACCUCCCGGACUCCCAGCAGCACCAGACCUCCAAGCGGGGCAAGCUCUCCGAGCAGCUCAAGUACUGCAACGGCAUCCUCAAGGAGCUGGUGUCCAAGAAGCACGCCGCCUACGCCUGGCCCUUCUACAAGCCGGUGGACGCCUCUGCGCUCGGACUCCAUGACUACCACGAGAUCAUCAAGCACCCCAUGGAUCUCAGCACCAUCAAGCGCAAGAUGGAGAACCGGGAAUACCGCGAUGCACAGGAGUUUGCGUCCGAUGUGCGGCUGAUGUUCUCCAACUGCUACAAGUACAACCCUCCUGACCACGACGUGGUGGCCAUGGCUCGCAAAUUGCAGGAUGUCUUUGAGUUCAGCUACGCCAAGAUGCCAGAUGAACCCCUAGACAUCAACCCCCCCUCCACGUCACUCCCACAGCCGGGGCUCCUGAUGAAGUCCUCCACAGACGAGUCUUCCAGCGACGAGGAGGAGGAGGAGGAAGGGGACGAAGACGACGACAUCAGCAGCGAGAGCACUUCCGACAGCGAGGAGAGCUCCGACUCCGAGGAGGAACGGGGCAACCGUCUGGCCGAGCUCCAGGAACAGCUGCGGGCCGUGCACGAGCAGCUGGCGGCCCUCUCCCAGGGACCAGUCUCCAAGCCCAAGAAGAAGCGGGACAAGAAGGAGAAGAAGAAGAAAAAGAAGUCGGAGAAGCGCAAGGCCAAAGCAGGGGACGAGGAGGCCCGGGCCCACCAGGCCCAGCUCAAGAAGUCCAAGAAAGCGGGAGGCAGUGGCGGUGGCAGCAGCAAGAACUCCAAGAAGGCCCCCCCGAAGGCCCUCCCCCCGCCUGUCCCCAUGCUGUACGACUCGGAGGAGGAGGAGGAGAGCAAGCCCAUGACCUACGACGAGAAGCGCCAGCUCAGCCUGGACAUCAACAAGCUGCCGGGGGAGAAGCUGGGCCGGGUGGUGCACAUCAUCCAGUCGCGGGAGCCCUCCCUGCGCGACUCCAACCCCGAGGAGAUCGAGAUCGACUUUGAGACCCUCAAGCCCUCCACCCUGCGGGAGCUGGAGCGCUACGUCCUCUCCUGCCUGCGCAAGAAGCCCCGCAAGCCCUACAGCGAGACCCUGAAGAAGCCGGUGGGCAAGACGAAGGAGGAGUUGGCCCUGGAGAAGAAGCGGGAGCUGGAGAAGCGCUUGCAGGACGUCAGCGGACAGCUGAACUCGGCCAAGAAGCCCCCCAAGAAGGCCCACGAGAAGCCGGAGUCGCAGCAGCAGCAGGCGGUGUCGGUCUCCCGCCUGAGCGCCAGCAGUUCCAGCUCGGACUCCAGCAGCUCCUCGUCCUCCUCAUCCUCCUCCUCCGACACGAGUGACUCGGACUCCAGCUAGGCGGCUGAUUUCUGGGGCGGGGGGACGCAGAGGAGCCCCUGGCGCGGGAAGAGGUUCUGCAGGACCAGAACUCAAGUCGGGAAGGGACUUGGCUGCCGGGGGGAAGGGGGCCCUCGCGGCCGGCUGCCCAUCUCCCCCACCCCCCCUUUGGACUCUGGGGCACGAGCUGGCCCCCGGCUGUGUUUGUGCUGUGGCAUGGGGGCGGGGGGGGGCUCUGUACAGUUUGCCCACCCACCCCCCGGCAAAGGGGGGGGAGCAGUGUUUUACUGUUUGGUUGAAUUAAAACUUGUGGUUUUUAUGAAGCGUUCAGCAAGUUUGGUUUGUGAGGCCCUCCCUCCUAGGAGGGGAUUGCCGAGCGGGGGGGAGGGUGGUGGUCACUCGCUCGUACUGGGACCCCCACGCAGUUUGGGGGGGGAGCGCCUCUGCUCCCCGCGGCCGAGGCCCUUUUUUAUUUAUUUCUCCAUCAGUGGUUUUCCCUGGGAGGUGGAGCCCCUGUGUGCCCCCCUGUGGAUGUACCCGGGCGAAAGGGAGACAGCAUGUUCUUCACCCACUCCCCAUGGGGGACGGGGCAGACCCCGGCUCCCCCCUUGGGUUUUUUUUUUUUAUGUUGACUGUACAAUUCUUUUUCUACUGUUCCUUUGAUUUUCCCUCCUCCCUGCCCUUGUGGAACUCCUGGGGCUCCGUUUCAUCUUACUGUAUGUUAAACUUUCUGGCUCUUUAACAUGUAAAUAAAAAAAAAUAUU